UCGAGAUCAAAUGAUCAAAUCCAAAACCGGAUGUUUUCUUUUCGUAGGUCAAAUACUGUUUACUUUCGUUUUCCACAAGAUUUAGAAGUUGACUAGUAGAUUUUCAAUAAAUAAAGGAUUGAACUAGAUUUGCUGAUAAUCUAGAUUUAUUUUAAAUCAUACAAUGAUAGUUAGACAAUUUAUAGUUUUGCAAAGUUUGGCUCGUGGUUCUUCCAUUGUAAGACCAUGUGCAUCAUUCCAUUACUGUUGCCAUCGUGCAUCCAAAAACAGGACUGCUCACAACUUUGGUAACACACUUGAAAUACUUGGCACAACUUAUCCUACUGAUAAUCUUACUAAUGUUACACCUGCCGUUUUAGAAAAGAUUGGAAAAAAUCUCCAUAAUCAGUUUAAUCAUCCACUGCAACUUAUAUUCAAAAGGAUUGAAUCAUAUUUUCAUAAAACAUUUCUAAAGCGUGGUAACCCACUGUUUUCUUCUUAUGAUCGGUUGAGCCCAGUGGUAACUCAUGAACAGAAUUUUGAUAGCUUGCUUGUCCCAAAGAAUCAUAUAAGUAGAUCACCAUCAGACACAUACUAUAUAAAUUCAGAGUAUAUGUUGCGUGCUCACACAUCUGCUCAUCAAAGGGAUUUAAUACAAUCUGGACUUGAUGCUUUCAUUGUUGUUGGGGAUGUGUACAGACGAGAUGCAAUUGAUGCAACACACUAUCCUGUUUUUCACCAAAUUGAGGGUGUGCGGUUAUUUUCUGAUUUUCAGCUUUUUAACUCUGGUUCUGAUUCUAAAAGUGUAACACUUUUUGAGAAUGGAUCAAGAGAUGAACAUAAACAAGAGUUUCAUACUUUGGAAACAUCAAAACUAAUAGAACUUGAUUUGAAAAACUGUUUAGAAGGACUCAUGAAACAUCUCUUUGGCUCAGAAGUCACAAUGAGAUGGGUCAAUGCUUACUUCCCUUUCACUCAUCCUUCCUGGGAAUUAGAAAUUUAUUAUCAAGAUGAAUGGAUAGAAAUGUUGGGCUGUGGUGUCAUGGAGCAGAAGCUGGUUCAUUCUGCUGGAGCAUCUGACAAAGCUGGUUGGGCAUUUGGCAUGGGGCUCGAACGACUGGCAAUGAAGUUGUACUCUAUACCUGACAUACGUCUCUUCUGGAGUACUGAUACUGGUUUCUUGGGUCAGUUUGAAGGCAAAAAAUUUAAUGAAAAUAUUACAUAUAAGAGUGUUAGCAAGUACCCUCAGUGUGUUAAUGAUAUCUCUUUCUGGAUCCCAGAUAAUUAUUCCUCCAAUGACUUCUAUGAUAUUGUCAGAUCCAUUGGAGGGGAUCUGGUGGAGCAGGUCAAACUAGUUGAUGAAUUUCAGCAUCCCAAAAAGAAACGCUUCAGUCAUUGUUACCGUAUUGUUUACCGACACAUGGAGAAAACUUUGACUCAGGAAGAAGUCAAUCAAGUUCAUCAGCAGAUUGAGUUACUGGCUGCUUCCCAGUUAGGUGUUGAGAUUAGAUAGUAUAAUACUAUUGUAGGGUUAAAAAAAAGACAAAAAAAUGAAGCCUGCAAUACUUUAAAAAAAACAAAUUAGAAUAAAAGUGUUCUUUUUAAUAGUUCUUGUAUGUGAUGUUUUAUUCUAACAUGCAUUAAUAUAAAAGUAUAUUAUUACAGUGUAACUUUUCUGACUUUACACAUUUUCAUUCUAGACUCUUAGUUACGUUGAAUAGUCAUGACCUAAUAUAAAGAUUAAAAAGCAAAUGGCCAAAUGGGAAAUAUUUUUGUACUGGCUUUUUUUUUUUUUAAUUUAAUAAUAAAAGAAUAAUUAAAGAAACUUUGAAACUACUUAUUAGAUAUUUUCCAGCUCACAUUCAAUAUUCAUAUUGGCAAUACAUUGUCACACUAACCUGAGAUAUUGUAUCAUAAAGUCAAACUUUCAAACAAAUUCUUUAGAUUUUGCAAUUAUGUCAAUUUUUUUUUUUUAAAUUAGUUUUAUUUUGCUGAGCACAUUGAGAUCAAAAGAAAACUUAAUAUUUUUUCAUUAUUAAAUGCUGCUAAAUUUAUAAAAGAUGUUUCAAUGAGCAUUGAAGCAGUAAUAGUUGUGUUUUUUUUUAAGAAAAAUUGUGCCAUUUUGUUCCUUGCAAAGCUAUAAAAGGAAAGAAAAUUUACUUUACACAUAAGCUAUUAAUAAUUAUCUUUCUAAUGAAAAUCUUUAAUCAUUAUUAGUUCUUUCAUUAACUUUUAAUGAUACAUUGCAUUGUUUUUAUUAUGUUUUUUUUUUUUAUUUUAUUUUUAGGGUUUCAUCAAUUAAAUUUAUUGUACAUUUGAAUAGUAUAAUGGAAGUGACCUGCCAAUCAAUAAAAUAUUGUAAAUAUUAUAAAUAUAAAACAGCAUUACAGUUCUUAGUUGUUCAAUCUGUUGGAUGUAACUUGAAAGCUGCUUCUUAUUGAAUCGUACUGAAUACUUAUACAUUAUUUUUCUGACACAUAUCCCUUUGAUAAAAUGACUUUUUUUUUUCUUUAUUGGUGCAUUACUGAAGAUUUUUCUGAAAUUUCAUUUUGGAAUUCUCUGGCCAUAGCCUAAAAAAAAAAAUAAUAAUUGUAAUUUUAUUGUAGGAUGACAAUCUUAAAAUUCCCAUCAAAUAAACAUAUUAAACAGAAUAGUUCAUCACUACAUAUCUUAAUUAUGAGAUACCAUCAUCUUUUAGACUAUUUUUGUGACUGAUCAUGAUGUAAUCCCAUGUCAGGAUGUUAUUUGGAGAGUAGUAUUGUCUCCUCAGUAUUGUGUCAUAUGCAGAUUCAGAACAGCCUCAAUGUCUCUGUUUGAACACAGUGAAGAAACAAAGUGUUGAAUAUAUUUUAUUUGAGUUUAUUGUUUUCAAACUCAGUUCAAUAAAACAAGUAAUCCAGUGACAAACAAACAAUAAAAUAAAAAUCUCUUGUACAAAUAGAAUAACUUGACUGACAUAAAGUAUUAUUGGUGAAUCAAUAAAACACGGUGAAGAUACUGAUGAUUAAUCCAUCACAGAAUACUUGGAACAAUGGCUAGAUAUCUAGCUCUUUUGUCCCUUAUACAGUAGUGUGCUAAGACUUUGCUGAAUUGUUUAUGUCAUUGUUCGUCUUCUUUUCAACCUUCUUAAACUUGUAUCUUUACCUACCAUCUUUUCUAAAUAUGUCUAACUUACUUCAAUAUUUCUUUAAGGUUUUUAAAGAUGAUUCAGUUUAGCAGUAAACAACUUCUUUUUCCUUUUGCAUAAACCCACAAAGUGACUGAAUAGCCUGGUCAGCCCUUUUCUCCAGUUGCACACUAAGGCGUGACAAGCCAGCUCUUGGUUGGUUUGCGCAAUGAGCGACUGUCUUUCUCUUCUGGCUUACACAUCAAUGUGUGACAUCCCAUGUCAAUGUUUUUAAAAUUAAUUUCAAUAUAUGAAAUGUUAUGUUGACUUUAAACAUAUAUUAAUACAUAAUUCAAAGUUGAAAAUGUGUUUUUUUUUAAAACUAUCUCUACAAAACAGGAAUUGAAGAAAAUUCUCAUCUAUAUUUUUGAAAACCAGUGACUUGGCAGAAUUUAAGUCAUUGGUUAUUAUGCAUGACUGAAUGCAUGACGCGAAGGACGUAAUCAUCUUCUUUUUUUUAAGUAACAUCUGUAUUAUAUAAGAUAAGAUUUCACAAUGUAAUAUAAAUGAAUAAAAUAUAAAUUAUUAA